AUGCCAUCACUUAGUCAGAACCCACAGACUCUGUAUGAUAAGGUCUUUCAAGACCAUGUUGUGAGCAAAGAAGGUGAAGAUACCUAUCUUAUUUAUAUUGAUAGACACCUUGUUCACGAAGUAACGUCUCCACAAGCUUUCGAGGGCCUGAAAAAUGCUGGUAGAAAGGUGCGUCGAACCGACUGCACCUUAGCUACUGUGGAUCACAACAUUCCUACCUCAUCUCGUAAAACUUACAAAUCCAUUGAUACUUUUAUCAAGGAAGACGAUUCCAGAUUACAAUGUUCUACUCUUGAGCAGAAUGUCAAGGACUUUGGUGUUCGCUACUUUGGUUUAGAAGAUUCUCGUCAAGGUAUUGUGCAUGUUGUUGGUCCUGAACAGGGCUUCACUCUUCCUGGUACCACUGUCGUUUGUGGUGACAGUCACACAUCUACUCAUGGUGCCUUUGGUGCUCUUGCCUUUGGUAUUGGUACUUCCGAAGUCGAGCAUGUCUUGGCCACUCAAACUCUUUUACAAACAAAAUCCAAGAACAUGCUUAUUAAUGUUGUUGGCAAGUUAAACCCUGGCAUCACUUCAAAGGAUCUUGUUCUGCAUAUUAUUGGUAAAAUCGGUACUGCCGGUGGUACUGGAGCUGUUAUCGAAUUUGCUGGUGAAGCUAUUCGUGACCUCUCUAUGGAGGCUCGUAUGUCCAUGUGUAAUAUGGCCAUUGAAGCUGGUGCUCGUGCUGGUAUGAUUGCUCCAGAUGAGACUACUUAUAAGUACAUCAAGGGUCGUCCUCUUGCUCCUUCUGGUGCUGAAUGGGAAAAGGCUCUUGCUUACUGGAAGACCCUUCACACUGAUGAGGGUGCUAAAUUCGAUAUCGAGGUUGAGAUCAAGGGUUCUGAAAUCAUCCCAACUGUCACUUGGGGUACCUCUCCUCAAGAUGCUCUUCCUAUUUCUGGUUCUGUUCCAGAUCCUACUAAGGAAACUGAUCCUAUUAGACGUUCUGGUAUGGAGAGAGCUCUUGAAUACAUGGGAUUAACUGCCAACACUCCUCUUCAAGACAUCAAAAUUGACAAGGUAUUUAUUGGUUCUUGUACCAACUCUCGUAUCGAGGAUUUAAGACUGGCUGCUUCUGUUGUCAAGGGACGCAAGAAGGCUGAGAAUGUUAUUCGUGCUAUGGUUGUUCCUGGUUCUGGUCUUGUUAAGAAGCAAGCUGAAAGAGAGGGUCUUGAUAAGAUUUUCGAGGCUGCUGGUUUUGAAUGGAGAGAAGCUGGUUGUUCCAUGUGUCUUGGUAUGAACCCUGAUAUUCUUUCUCCCAAGGAGAGAUGUGCCUCUACUUCCAACAGAAACUUCGAGGGUCGUCAAGGUGCUCAAGGAAGAACUCACUUGAUGUCUCCUUCUAUGGCUGCUGCUGCCGGAAUUGACGGUCACCUUACGGAUGUCCGCAAAUACCUUUCUACUGGUGCUGAGUCUCCUACUAUUGGUGUCGAGUCUCCUACCAAGAAGGCUCGUGUCGAAGAGCAACAGGCUCCUGAUGAGCUCGAGGUCACUGAAGAUGCUCCUGCUCAAUCUGCUGCUCACGGUGAUCUCGAGGACACUCCUAUUGCUACUCCCAAGGCUGCUACUGGUAUCCCAGUAUUCCAAGUUGAAGAGGGUGUGGCUGCUCCUAUAGCCAAGGCUAAUGUUGAUACCGAUGCUAUUAUCCCCAAGCAAUUCUUAAAGACCAUCAAACGUACUGGUCUUUCUGUCGGUCUUUUCUACGAACUUCGAUUCAAACCCCAGGCAGACGGAACUCUUGAGAAGACUGAUUUUGCUCUUAACGUCGCUCCUUGGGACAAGGCCAAGAUUCUUGUUGUAUCUGGUCCUAACUUUGGCUGUGGUUCGUCUCGUGAGCAUGCUCCUUGGGCUCUUGGUGAUUUCGGUAUCAGAGCUGUUAUCGCCCCCUCUUUCGGAGAUAUUUUCUACAACAACUCUCUCAAGAACGGUCUCCUGCCGAUCCGUAUCCCUGCUGAGGUAAUCAUUGAGAAGCUUCUUCCCAUCAGUGAAAAGGGUGGUUCUCUCAAGAUUGAUCUUCCAAACCAAACCAUCUCUAACGGUGAGGGUGAGAUCCUUGUCGAGCAUUUUGACAUUGACCCCUUCCGCAAGGACUGUCUCGUCAAGGGUCUUGAUGAUAUCGGAAUUACUCUCCAAAAAGAGGAGAAGAUCCAAAAGUAUGAGUUAAUCCGCAAGGACAAGUUCAGCUUCCUUGAGGCUGGUGGUGCUCAAGUCGUCAAGCCAGUGCGUGCUGGCGGCUCAAAGCUUAGUAAUGACUGGUAA